AUGAGACCGGAUAGUCUCCUCCUCCGCCCCGCCAACACCCAAUAUUGUACUCUCGGAUGUCCCAUUCUCGACGCCUUCCUCGGCGGCGGAAUCCCUUGCAACUCCAUCACCGAACUCGUCUCUGAAAGCGGCUGCGGCAAAACCCAACUCUCCCUUCAACUCCUCUUCACCGCGCAGCUUCCUCUUCACCUCAACGGCCUUUCCGGUUCCUCUCUCUAUCUUUACUCCGAGUUCCCAUUUCCCAACCGCCGUUUCAAUCAACUCCUUGAAUCUUUCCGGUUGUCUCAUCCGAUCUUAUUCGCCUCUUCUCGUGACCCUCGUGAUUAUAUAUUUACCCGUGAUUGUCAAACCGCACAAGACCUGCUCGACGUAUUGCUCUUGUUGGAGUCUCGACUUGAGAAACCCAAGGAAACCCGGCUGGAUAUUAAGUUGAUCGUCAUUGACUCGAUUGCUGCCUUGUUUAGGAGUGAGUUUGAGAACAACCCCAGAGAUCUUAAGCGGCGGUCCUCUUUAUUUUUCAAGAUUUCCUCCCUUUUGAAGUCGCACGCUAAGCGGUUUGGGAUUGCGAUUGUGUUGACAAACCAGGUAGUUGAUUCAAUAGAAGACAAUGAGGGGUCUAGUGGUAUUCGGGUUGGGAAUUUGGAGUGGUUGUAUACGUCUGGAAGACGAGUUUGGCCUGCUUUGGGAUUGUCUUGGGCCAACUGUGUCAACUCAAGGCUUUUUUUGUCAAGAUAUGAGGUAACAGAAGGAGUAGAGAAUGCUUCGCCUGAUGCUGAUUAUAUUGGUUUUGUCAAUAGACGAAAAACGAGGGAACUCCAUGUUGUUUUUGCUCCCCAUUUACCUUAUUCAACUUGUGAGUUUGUAAUAACAAGGGAAGGUGUUUCUGGAGUUGCCAGAUGACUUUCAUUUGCAAAGAAAUGGGAUUACCUUAGAGCAAUUUCAUAUUUUGGCUCUCUAUUCCUCCCUCAGAAGUUGCAUACUCUACAGCAAUUCAAGCUUACCCAUUUGUUACCGGGUUAUUUAAAUGACGAUGAGUUAUUUGGUGUCAUUUGCUUAUUUAUUAGUGUUUAUAGUUGUUCCUUUCUGAGGGUUAUAUCUAAUUCUUUGGGGAAUUAUUAGGUUGAUCCUUGGUUUUCUUGAUUUAUCAUUAAGUUUGCAACUUCCCUUUUCUGGAACUGUUAAAAUAUAUGAUCUGUGAACUUCAUCAUCACAUUCGAUCUGCCAUGUUCUGAGAGUAUUUUUUGACAAGCUGCAUUUAUGAAGCACACAUACAUCGUCAUCUCUUACAUGUAUAACCCUACACGGCCUAGAAGCUACCAUAUAA